AUGGGUGUUAAGAAAAGAACAGCCCCUGCUACUCAAGCACAUUAUCACCUGGGCGCCACGAAACAGAGACAAGAGAAAGAGCCUGAGCCGAUUAAUCACACUGGAGAUGCCGACAUGGGAGAUGCCCCAGAGGUCCGUGUGACUCCGAACGCAACUCCCCUCAUCCCCAUCAACCCCCAUCAAUCACCAACCCAGGCUGGACCAGAGCCAUCAAAGCAAGAUCAAGGCGACCCAACCCUGCCCCAGAAAACCAACAUAUAG